UGCUGGACAAGAGACGGUUAGUAGCACUAAAUCAGGUGGCAUUUAUGAGUUCUAGCAGCAGCCGACCUAAGGUUUCCACGGACAAUAUCACGCUUUUACUCUGCACCUUCCACCAUACACUGGUGAUUAAGCUCAGCGACGGCCUCGAUAUUGACUUCACCAUCCUUUACCCGCAGACUGUCAGUGUCCUGAAAAUCCCUGCACUGGAAUCUACACGCGAGGAGAUUCUCCACCUAAUUGGGACUCUGCCACUCGUCAAAGUACUUGCCGUGGCUUGUCGCCGACAUACUCCUCCGAGAGAUGGAACCAGUAUGCAAAGAGAAGCCAGAUAUCGAAGAGAUCUAGUUGUGUCUUCAGUGGGCAUCGGCUGGCUCAUUAAUCAUGGUUGUCAAACUAUAGCCUGUGAGGAUAUAGCAGCUGCCACUGCCUGGAACAACCAGGUGGAGGCGUGCAAGCUGCCUGUCUGAUGGUCAUUCUGGUGCUACGUUGUCCCUCAAUCCACAUAUUUCUAUCUUUUUUCAGUAAAAAUUUCGCCACGCCCCGCUCUGAGCUCAUGGGCAACAGCAUAUUCGCUGGGUUUGUCCCUCGUUUGAGCACCGCCCGCCCCUAGGCUUUCUUGAGAUGCUUCAUUUACUCAUUUUCAUCGGCAAUAUAUUUCUUCAGAAAGCUUCAUAGCAUAUAUCCAACCAAGCAUUCAGUCAAGCAAAUAGGAAAUGCUAUCUACUCUGUUUUAGCG